CCUCGUCUUGUCGACGACCUCAUUCCUGUCAUUCUCGAGAAUCAUGACCACUGGUGGGCGCGAGACUUGACACGCCUCGCGUUGGUUUCGCAUGCAUGGCUGGAGCACUGCAGAAAACGGCUUUACGAAUGUCCAUCAUUGCGGACAUAUGAGGCGUGCGACCGGCUUGUGGAAGCUCUUACGAAGAACCCUCAGCUCACAUCCCUCAUUCGAGCAAUCGAUCUUCAGCCUCUUUCCGACAAUGCUGCCAUGCCGUCCCCGAAGACCAUGUAUUCCAUUCGAUUUAUUCUGGGCAUACGUGGGCUUCAACGGCUCACUCUGGGAGGGCAUCUCGCAGUAGAAGCUGAGAGGUUCCUGCAUGCAGUGGCCCAUGUCGACACUGUUCGUCAGCUGUCUAUCGUUGGGUCGGCAGAUUGCUUUCCACGGUCCGAUCAUUGCAGCCCCGUCUGCAAAUGCAACGCUUCAUUGGAGUGGGACGAAGUUCUGGCGAGCAAGUUCCAUCGGCUGAAUAGCCUCAGACUAGUAGGACUUCAGCUCUCCAUUCCAUUACCUCCUAUGCUGUCUCAUCGACUUCAUACUUUGUAUCUGCAUGAUGUGGACAUGGCAGAUGGAUCAUUUAUUGAUCUCUGUCACGGAUCGUGGAGUGCUUUGCGCUGUUUAGAUGUGUCUACAUCGUUUCCUGAGGAGACAGCGGAUGGCAUUCGCGUCGUGAUUGCACAAUGCGCCAAUUUGGAGGUCCUGCGGUAUCAGGUUCUUUCGUCUCGGGCACAAGCCACAUUCCUUGAUGAUGGGCUCCCUCAUUGUCCUUCGAUGCGUGAAGUGCAUCUUUCCGGGACCCGUAUAACUUCGGCGAGCCUUCGAUCAAUCGCACAAGCAUAUAGGAACUUGGAACGCUUCGCGCUGCUCGGGCAUGACUCCCGCGUGAAUGCAGAUGAGUGGGUGGCAUUCGUCGCAUCAGACGAAUUGCCCUUCCUGCGGAGACUUACCACCCCGCAUGGCACGAUGUACCCUCCAUUCAAAUGUUGGCCCGCAGUCGCGGAUGCGGCCCUCGUUGAGGUUUGCCGGACACGCAACAUCAAACUCGUCUCC